AUGAAAGGGACGAAUUCUGGAAUGUUCCCCCUAAGGGUGACAGGGCCCAUAGGUAAAAUACUCGGCUGCCACGUCACCCGGACACGUCACCCCGACCCAAUCCAAACGGCGCUCCGCUGCCCAAACUUCACGGCGAAACCUCUCCUUCCGUCACUUUUCUGGUUUCUAUGCUUCUCCCUGCUUCUCCUUCAUUUCGUUAGGGUUUUUCCCCCGAUCUCUCAGCAUUCCCCGACCGUCAUCCUCCGCGAAGCAGCUGCUCUCCACUAUCGAGUUCACUCUGCUCGCGCCUUCGUCUCCAUCGCCUGCGCAGAGGAUGGAACUCCUCUCUGCCAUUCGCGCAUCUCUGCCUUCCUCCUCGGUUACCCGCCUCCGAAGCAGUCAGACCGUGCCCAAGUUCAGUCCAAGGAAGUUCGGCUGCCGGAUUCUCCACCAAUUUCACUAGAUGAUCAGGACGUGCAAAUUGUGUGUUCUGGCCUUGAAGUAGAGUGA